AGCGAACUAGUUCCAUUACACGCAGGAUUUUAUGAAAGGAAAGGAAAUAGAAGCAGUCGCUUCCUUAUGACUACUUAGAAACCUUUCCAGAGUUGAUGUCGCAAUCAAUGAGUUAGGUUUCCACUUGAUUCACUGAAAUCGUCGACGCUAUACGCGUUUUAUCUGCGAAAAUGUGGCUGUGAAACUCAUGGAAUAUAAAGUGCGAAGUUUCCUAGAGUAUGAGUUUACAGAAACAUCGAAGCAAAGGCCGUGGAGGCAGUGGCAGGGGUCAAAAGAGUUACAGACCAGGUUCCAGUGCAAGUCCUCCACCUCCGACGCUUAACUUUGCCAAUUCUGACAAUGGGCAUACCACAGACAUCUUUGCAAACAAGUUCAUGGUUUACUAUGUUAUCAGCAACUUGGGUGAGACAGCUCGUGUUCAGGUUCAGAAUGGUGAUAUUUAUGAAGGAGUCCUCAAAGCCGUUUCCUCUAAGUUCGACUGUUCCUUAGGCGAAGCUCAUCUUGUGCAGCAAAAGAAAAGCAAUGGACUUGUUAUGGAGGUGAUUAUGGCAUGAUAUAUUGGAAAAUAGAAUGCCUCUUUUGUUAUUAUAUGGCUGUGGUAAUGAGGUAGUUUCAUUUAUCAACUGAGUUGAUCCACUCUGAUGAAGGGCUAAUGCUUGAGACACCAGCUUUAGACUCUUUUAUAUGACUCUUUAGUUUUAUUUAGACUCAGUUAAUAAAACUAAAUUAUAUUGAUAUACCACCCACCGACACAGCACCGCAGUUUCUUUAGAAACACACCCCUUUUUAUUCAUUUGUGGCAAGAAGAGGUUGCAUGGAAGUGAUCAACUUGCACCAGCACAAAUAAAAAAGUCGAUGAUGAUGAUGAUGACCACAGUGAUGAAAGAAUACACCCAUUACAGUCAGUUUUCAUUGUGAUCUGAUGGAGACUUGUAGAGUACCAUUGAAACACUGCAAUCUUCAACUCAACCCUUUCACUGCCAAGAUCUUAUUGGAAAUUCUCCUUUCUGUCUGCUAUACAAU